CGCAUUGUGACGCUCUACGAUCACACUACAUCCCAGGUCCAAAAUUACGAGUAUAAGAAGAUGAGAUUUCUUCCCCAGAUCGUCAGGGAACAACCAAGUCAGAAAGCCUCAAGACAGUCCACCACACCAGACUCUCAGUAUGAAGGUCCUCCUCCUGGUGUCGGCCGCUCUCAGCGUCUCUGCCCAUGGCUUUGUCGAAACCAUCACCGUCGGUGGCACUGUUCACCAGAACUUCAACCCCAGCACCCAUCCCUACAUGCCCAACCCGCCCGCUCUCCCUGGCUGGACAGCCUCCAACACGGACCUAGGCUUCGUCGAGCCCAACGCCGCCUCCUCUCCCGAUGUCAUCUGCCACAGGUCGGCCACCCCAGGACGAAGUGCCAUCCCCGUCCAGGCGGGCCAGACCGUCACCCUGCAGUGGAACACGUGGCCCGACUCCCACAAGGGGCCCGUCAUUGACUACCUCGCCAGCUGCGGCUCGGGAUCCUGCACCAACGUCAACAAGCAGAGCCUGCAGUUCUUUAAGAUUGCCGAAAAGGGGCUGAACAACGGUGUCUGGGCCGCCGACGAGCUCAUGAGGAACGGCAACCGCUGGUCAGUCACGAUCCCCAGCGAUAUUGCCGCGGGCAACUAUGUGCUCCGCCACGAGAUCAUUGCUCUUCACGGGGCGUCGAACCCCAACGGCGCCCAGUUGUACCCGCAGUGUAUCAACUUCCAGGUGUCUGGUGGCGGUUCGGCGCGGCCGAGUGGUGUACCUGGCACGAGCCUCUACAAGGCGACCGACCCUGGCAUCUUGUUCAACAUGUAUGGAGCGACUUCGUAUCCGAUCCCAGGGCCUGCCCUGAGACGUUGAAAGUUGGAAUUAGUGGGCGUCAUUGUCUUGGUCUAGGAGAAUCAAGCUGUCGAAGUAUGGUAUAUCAAAGCAGGGAUUUGUGGAUUCAAUAUGUCUAUGAGCAUUAUGAUGGGUGCCAUGUGGUCAAACUGUGACAUCGUUAUAUCAAACCCCAUAUUUUGACUUGA